AGGAGAUUGCCUCUGCUCGUACUUGCUGUCGUCGUGUUUCUCAUCGUCGUCUUCCUCCACGUGUGUUUGUCGUGGCGGUUGUGGAAACAACAUCGCAAGAGGAGGGUUUCAACGAAACGGGCGGCAGGGGAACGUCCGAUGGUGGGCAUGCAGGCACGCGCAGGUGUUGGUGCAGGUCUGGGUGGAAGACGACCUCUGACUGCGGAGCCUCCACGGCGGUACGACCCAUCUGCGUACAGCCAUCUAGAGUCGUGGGAUACACCACUGCCCCCGUCGGAUGAGGACCCGGAGACGGAAGAACUUCCAACGUUGCCUCUUGCCAGCGGGUCGACGCAGCCUUUGUCGCAGACGGUGCGAGCAUGCGGUUCGGCUAGCAACGAAGGAGGCGAGUUCACCUCACUGCUGCACCAAGGCUUGGAAGAUGACGACGACGGGGGACUUGAUCUCAGGUUCGGGUUGUGUUUUGGCGGCGCUAGGGAGGCGAGCCGCACGUUUAUCAUCGACGCCGAUCCUUCGCCACGUGGCAUUCAACAAUCUGGAAGUCUGCAUACGGAGCACUCCAAACUUCGUGGCGGUGCGUCCAUUACUGGCGGUGUCGGGCCAUCCGCAGUAGGCCGACAGCAUGGAUCGAGUGCACCGUCGGCCGAUCGAUUGACAAGUACGUGCCCCGCACGCAAUGGAGUCGCAGACGGGUCCCUGCGCAUCGGCGGUGCACGUCCUUCAAUGCCCAAACGCACAACGACGAACCAACCCGACCUCAGGGACGACGGCGCGUGCAGACCAGCGGUGCGUCCAGCACCCACUAUGGAGAACAUCACACGAGGUGUGUCAAACAUGCGGGCACAUAGCGAUGGCGGCGACGACGACGGUGGUGGCGGUGAUGAUGCUGACGAACGAUUCAGGGAGGACGUGGAUGCAGGGGACGACGACGAUGACAUUCCUAUUCGGCCUUUGGGGAAGACGGGUGGGAGGGGGAGAGGACGCAGCAGAGCAAAACGCGGGGAGGCCUAAAGACGCGGACGACUGCAUGAAGAAGUGGGACAAUCUCUUCCAAAACUACAAGAAGAUACAGAGGUUUCAGAAUG